CCGAGAGCAGGGUUGCCAGGGCCCCUGAAGAGGGCUGGCGGCAGCGGCCUCGCUCGGCUGUUGGUUCCCUGCUGGAGAAUUUGACCACAAAGAGUUGCCAAGAUAGCUGGGCCAGGAAGGAAGCGCCGCAGCCCUGACCCAGACGCCGUUGCCGACCCCGGGGCACUCUGGCUGUCAACAAAGCGGCUCAGGAUGUCUGGCGGGGCCAGUGCCACAGGUCCAAGGAGGGGGUCUCCAGGACUGGAUGAGGUCACUAGUAAGAAGAAGCAGAAGGAUCGCGCAAACCAGGAGAGCAAGGAUGGCGAUCCCAGGAGAGCCAUCAUGGUCUUCCUGUUCUUUCCUUUGUUGUUGGGGUCAGUGACCAGUCCUCGGGAGGAGCAGAGCAAAGAGGGUGAAGACCCUCCUGAUCUUUUUGCCAUUCUGUUUACAGAAUUGUUGCUUGAGUGGAGGCAGAAUGCAGAUGAAGUAAUUGUCAAGUUGCAUGUGGGAGCAAGUGCCCUGCGGCUGGAGGAGGUGGAUGCUGCGUUCACAGACACUGACUGUGUGGUGAGGCUUCCAGAUGGUCGGCAGUGGGGUGGAGUCUUCUAUGCUGAAAUUGAAAGUUCUUGUACCAAAGUGCAGGCCCGCAAAGGUGGUCUUUUGCAGCUAGCGUUGCCCAAGAAGGUCCCUCUGCUCACAUGGCCUUCUCUUCUGAAGAAGCCAUUGGGAACCCAAGAACUGGCACCAGGGCUGCGGUGCCAGGAGAAUGGACAGGAACUGUCUCCUGGUGCCCUGGAGCCAGGCCCUGAGCCCCGCAGGGCCAAGCAGGAGGCCCGGAACCAGAAGCGGGCCCAGGGUCGUGGCGAGGUUGGGGCAGGGGCUGGCCCUGGCAUCCAGGCAGGACCCAGCGCCAAGAGAGCUGUGCAUCUUCGCAGAGGGCCAGAGGGGGAAGCGCCUAGGGAUGGUCCUGGACCCCGGGGUGAUGCUCCACCCUUUUUGGCUGAGUCAACUACCCAGGCUGGGGCUGAGGAACAGCUCCGAGUACCACCACUGAACCCACAGACCUGCCUUUUGGGCUCAGAAGAGAGUCGAGCUCUUUUGACAGUAGAGAAGACAGUAUCCCCCAGGAAUGACCCAGGCUCCCCAGCAAUAGCACGGAACAGAGACACAGGGAAAGGUGACCGCUCCAAGGAGGAGGUGGCAGCGACAGCAGAUGCUGUAGCCUUGGUGGAUGACCCUGAGUCCAUGGUGAGCCUGGCAUUUGUCAAGAAUGACUCGUAUGAGAAAGGGCCAGACUCAGUGGUGGUGCACGUGUAUGUGAAGGAGAUCUGCCGAGACACUUCUCGAGUGCUAUUCCGAGAGCAGGACUUCACACUCAUCUUCCAAACUAGGGAUGGAAACUUCCUUAGACUGCACCCAGGCUGUGGGCCCCAUACCAUCUUCCGCUGGCAGGUGAAGCUCAGGAACCUGAUUGAGCCAGAGCAGUGCACCUUCUGUUUCACGGCCUCUCGAAUCGAUAUCUGCUUGCGUAAACGGCAGAGUCAGCGCUGGGGGGGCCUGGAGGCCCCAGCUUCACGAGGUGCAGUGGGUGGUGCAAAGGUUGCCGUGCCGACAGGUCCAACCCCUCUGGAUUCAACCCCACCGGGUACUACUCCUCAUCCACUCACCGGUCAGGAGGAAGCCCGCGCUGUGGAGAAGGAGAAACCUAAAGCAAGGUCUGAGGACACAGGGCUAGAUGGUGUGGCUGCCCGCACCCCCAUGGAACAUGUGGCCCCCAAACCAGAGCCGCACCUGGCCUCGCCUAAGCCCACGUGCAUGGUGCCCCCAAUGCCACAUAGCCCUGUGAGUGGAGACAGUGUGGAGGAGGAGGAGGAGGAAGAAAAGAAAGUCUGUCUGCCAGGCUUUACUGGCCUUGUCAAUCUAGGCAACACUUGCUUCAUGAACAGUGUCAUCCAGUCUCUGUCCAACACGCGGGAGCUGCGAGAUUUCUUCCACGACCGCUCAUUUGAGACUGAGAUCAACUACAACAAUCCACUGGGGACUGGUGGACGACUAGCCAUCGGCUUUGCUGUGUUGCUGCGGGCACUGUGGAAGGGCACCCACCAUGCCUUCCAGCCUUCCAAGUUGAAGGCCAUUGUGGCAAGCAAGGCCAGCCAGUUCACAGGCUAUGCACAGCAUGAUGCCCAGGAGUUCAUGGCUUUCCUGCUGGAUGGGCUGCACGAAGAUCUGAACCGCAUACAGAACAAGCCCUACACAGAGACUGUGGACUCCGAUGGGCGGCCUGAUGAGGUGGUAGCUGAGGAAGCGUGGCAGAGGCAUAAGAUGAGGAAUGACUCUUUCAUUGUGGACCUGUUUCAGGGCCAGUACAAAUCGAAGCUGGUGUGCCCUGUGUGCACCAAGGUGUCCAUUACUUUUGACCCGUUCCUCUACCUGCCGGUGCCCUUGCCACAGAAGCAAAAGGUUCUCCCCGUCUUCUAUUUUGCCCGGGAGCCCCACAGCAAGCCCAUUAAGUUCCUGGUGAGUGUCAGCAAGGAGAAUUCCAGUGCGAGUGAAGUGCUGGACUCCCUCUCUCAGAGUGUCCAUGUGAAGCCCGAGAACCUUCGUCUGGCUGAGGUGAUUAAGAAUCGCUUCCACCGUGUGUUCCUGCCUUCCCACUCACUGGACACAGUGUCCCCAUCGGACAUGCUUCUCUGCUUUGAGCUGUUGUCCCCUGAGUUGGCUAAGGAGCGAGUGGUGGUGCUAGAGGUGCAGCAGCGCCCUCAGGUGCCCAGCAUCCCCAUCUCCAAGUGUGCAGCCUGCCAGCGGAAGCAGCAGUCAGAGGAUGAAAAGCUGAAGCGCUGUACCCGGUGCUACCGCGUGGGCUACUGUAACCAACUAUGCCAGAAAACUCACUGGCCAGAUCACAAAGGCCUCUGUCGUCCUGAGAACAUCGGUUACCCCUUCCUGGUCAGUGUCCCUGCUUCACGCCUCACUUAUGCCCGACUUGCUCAGCUGCUGGAGGGCUAUGCUCGGUACUCGGUGAGUGUGUUCCAGCCACCCUUCCAGCCUGGCCGCACAGCUCUGGAGUCCCAGGGCCCUGGCUGUACUUCACUGCUUUCUACGAGCUCUCUGGAGGCUGGGGACAGCGAGAGGGAUCCCACCCAACCUCCUGAGCUCCAGCUGGUAGCCCCUUUGGAUGAGGGGGACACAGGGAUUCCCCGGGCGUGGUCAGCCCCUGAUCGAGGCCCCAUGCCCAGCACCAGCGGAGUUUCUUCAGAUAUACUGGCCAGUGGGCCCACUGAAAUUGGCUCCUUGCCUGUUGGGGAGAGAGUGUCCCGGCCUGAAGCUGCCAUUCCUGGGUACCAACAUCCAAGUGAAGCUGUGAGUGCCCACACACCUCAGUUUUAUAUCUAUAAAAUCGAUGCAUCUAACCGAGAACAGCGGCUAGAGGACAAAGGAGAGGCUCCACUAGAGCUCGGUGAUGACUGCAGCCUGGCUCUGGUCUGGCGGAACAAUGACCGUCUGCAAGAAUUCGUGUUGGUCGCCUCCAAGGAGCUGGAAUGUGCUGAAGAUCCAGGCUCUGCUGGCGAGGCUGCCCGCGCUGGCCACUUCACCCUGGACCAAUGCCUAAACCUCUUCACACGGCCUGAGGUGCUGGCACCCGAGGAGGCCUGGUACUGCCCGCAGUGUAAACAGCACCGAGAGGCCUCCAAGCAGCUGUUGCUGUGGCGCCUGCCAAAUGUGCUCAUUGUCCAGCUCAAGCGCUUCUCCUUCCGAAGUUUCAUUUGGCGAGACAAGAUCAAUGAUUUGGUGGAGUUCCCUGUUCGGAACCUGGACCUGAGCAAAUUCUGCAUUGGCCAGAAGGAGGAGCAGCUGCCCAGCUAUGACUUAUAUGCUGUCAUCAACCACUACGGAGGCAUGAUUGGUGGCCACUACACUGCUUGUGCCCGUCUGCCCAAUGACCGCAGCAGCCAGCGCAGUGACGUGGGCUGGCGCUUGUUUGAUGACAGCACAGUGACAACAGUGGAUGAAAGCCAGGUUGUGACGCGUUAUGCCUAUGUACUCUUCUACCGCCGGCGGAACUCUCCCGUGGAGAGACCCCCCCGAGCAGGCCACUCUGAGCACCACCCAGACCUAGGUCCUACAGCUGAGGCUGCUGCCAGCCAGGGACUAGGCCCUGGCCAGGCCCCCGAGGUGGCCCCCCCGCGGACAGCCCCUGAGCGCUUCAUCCCCCCUGUGGACCGCCCAGCCCCUACCUACAGCAACAUGGAGGAGGUCGAUUAG